UCAGUCUCAUCAAGAGCGGGUCCGCUGCGAUCCCACAAUGCACCGCUGCGCAGCUGCAGAUGGAAUGUAGCUCGCUAGCCUCUCGCGCUAGCCGCGGCGUCGCAGUAAAGUUUGACAAACACAUCAUGAGCGGCUCGAACCCGCCGCCAGCGCUGCACUGAAGACACAUGCGCCAGGUCAACAGAGAGGAAGUGCUGUGAACGCAGCUGUGUUGACUGCUGAUAGGAAUCCUUAUGUUGGUCCUGUCUCUUCCUGUAGCUUCAGCUCAACUGCUCAGCGUUCAGCGAUGAACAUUGAUGACAAGCUGGAGGGGAUGCUCAUGAAAUGUAGCCCUGUGGGGCUUCACCACUCAUCCAGAGCUUUGGGACCCUCAAGGGUGGACAGAAGAGGAAGGAGAGGAAGUUUGGAUAUGACACUUGGGGAACGGAGCUUGGCUAAUCAUCCCCUUUUGGCAGAGGAGGAUGAUGAGGAUGAGGAUGAUGAAGAUGAGGAUGAAGACCUGGCAGGUGGAGGCCUAACCUCGCAUGAUCUGAUAUCCCAGGAUGACCUCAUGGCUCAUGAGGAGACAGAUAAAAAGGACAGACAGGAUGAAGCAGCUUUCUCACAGCGAAUCUCCCAUAAAUUACACUAUACACUCAAUAUGCCAGUAAAUAUAAAGCAGGAGAUGAAAGUGCCAGACUCAUUGAUUCUCAAUAAAAAGGAGAAGAAAUCGGGGAGGGACCCAUCUGACUUUCACAAAAAGAAGAAGAGAAAGCAGCGCUCGCCUGCAAAGAUUCUCACUAUUAAUGAAGAUGGCUCUCUUGGGCACCAGAACCCAAAGUCUCAUGUCUGUGAACACUGCAAUGCUGCUUUUCGGACAAACUACCAUUUGCAAAGACAUGUCUUCAUUCACACAGGUGAAAAGCCUUUCCAGUGUAAUCAGUGUGACAUGCGCUUUAUUCAGAAGUACCUGCUUCAGAGACAUGAGAAGAUCCACACAGGAGAAAAACCAUUUCGCUGUGAUGAGUGUGGAAUGAAAUUUAUUCAGAAAUACCACAUGGAGAGACAUAAGAGGACACACAGUGGGGAGAAGCCUUACCAGUGUGACUAUUGCCAUCAGUUUUUCUCCAGAACUGACAGAGUACUAAAGCACAGACGAAUGUGCCAUGAGAAUAAGGACCGGAAGGUGCAGAAAACAGCUGCCAAAGACGGCCCUCUUCGCACCUCGGAGACAUUGGGCUUCUCUUUUACUACCAAGGAAUGCACGCUUCCCAAGAAGAAACGUCAGAAGACCUCUGAUAAAAGUCGAGUAGCGCUCAAAAGUCCCAGUGUCGACAAAGUGGUUGAAGCUGGUAACGAGGAGAAGACGGAAGACCAGCUGGCCAAAAGUGAGUGUCUUCCUCUUUACACUGUAGCCACCAAGGUCAAGGAUGAGUUUGUCAUGACCGAUUAUUCCAUUGAGCUCCCUGAUUCCCCGCCUGGCAACCGGCAUCUUGCAGGGGAGGAAUCAGAGAUCAUCAAUCCUCCGAAACUAGUCCUGAAGAAAAUCGCCAGCAGGAGCGGUUUGAAACAGCAGGCCCUAGAGCAGCCCCAGAGUCUCUCACCCUUGUCCUCAUUCGAAGAGAGCAAAGUAACAAGAUACACAUUUGAAAUUGUGGACAACAAAGGCCUCUUGGAUGUCGAGAGCAAUCCUGACAUGGAGUCGGUUGAUUCCCUCCAAGGAGGACAAACAAAACCAACUGGGAGUAGCACAAAUUAUGAUGACGCCAUGCAGUUUCUCAAGAAGAAGCGAUACCUUCAGGCGGCCACGGCAAACACUAGUCGAGACUACGCGCUUAACGUAAGCAGCAUUGUGUCGCAGUCUUCAGUCACUCAGGCAGCUGUAGCAAGCGUCAUCGAUGAGACCGUUCCCGCCACAAUCCUCUCUGAGACUCCAACGCUGAAUGUGGAGAUCAAGUCCAGUAACGAGAAGAACGUCCUUCCAGACGAGGUCCUGCAGACGCUUCUCGAUCACUACUCCAAUAAGGCCAACGGGCAAGCAGAGAUUUCCUUCAGUGUGGCGGACACCGAGGUCACAUCCAGCAUCUCUAUCAACUCUUCUGAUGAGAGCAGUCCCAGUGAGACUUUGGGAGCCAGCUCACAAGCACCCCCGGCCGAGAAGGCCAGCCUUCUACAGGAGUACUCCAAGUUUCUCCAGCAAGCACUGGAAAGGACCAGUCAGAACGACACCUACCUGAACAACCAGAGUCUUACGUUUGUAAAUGACAGUGCCAGUCUUGCUGGCCAGCCUUUGUUUUCCACGGAGAAGCAGUUCACCUCCCCAUCCCGGUUCAGACCGAGCAUGAACUCUCCAUUGAGGUCCACCUUGGAGAAACCGAACUUUAGCAUUUUAGUAGAUUCCCAACACUCCUUCUCCUUUUCCGGUGACGAGACCAACCCUUCCUCAGUUUCGCCAACGGAGGACUUCCUUGACCAAGUGACUUCUCCCAAAAAAACAGAUGCGCAAAGCAUUAGUCAGACAUUUCAGAUCGCUACUUUUGACCAGAACUUUCGAUCUCAGUUUCCAAGCUCACGAGCUGGAAUAUCCUCACAGUUUAGCAUUGCCAGUGGACAAGUUAGCCUGAGAGGUCAUGGAGGAACAGACUUCCCAGAGUUCUCUCUUGUUAAUGAAACAAGAACUCAACUAACUUCAUCUCCAGAUGCUACAAGCAGCCAAACCUUUGGCUAAACAAGAGCUUUCAAUUGAAGCAUUUUAAUGGCACUUUAUAGUUCUGUCAGAGAAGGCAAUGUGAUAUCUGUGCAAAUACCUAUGAUUUUCCAUCUUUAAACAAUCACGCAUGUGGAGCAGAGUGAUGCACGCAUUAGAUUUAAUUUAUCAGCACUUCUAAUGGAGACUAUGGGAUACUUUGUGUCGUUGCAUUAUUUUAUUUGUGCGUUACACAUGUAGGGCUUGGGAUGAAUGCACUAUGGCUUGCCAACUUAGUUAGCCUGUGCAUUCUAAAAUUAGGAAUUUAAGCUACAACAAUAGUUCUGUUGUAGUGGUCUAAAUUAAAGGGUCAACGUAGUCUAGAGAGAAAAUUAUACAAAAAUCAAUUCUAAUUUGGCCUAUUUUUAGCAUUCAUUUAUUUUGCUUGGAACAACAGGAUCAACAGACUGACCUAAUAAUGAAGGUCUAUGGAAACUACUCUGACCUAGCUUUACAAUCAUUUUUUGCAAUUGAUUAGUUUUGUAACAUGUUGUCUGGAGAGGUACUGAAAGGACCUUACACUGAUGCUCUAGACUUGAGUAAGGCAUUCGUGAUUGAUGUACUGCAAGUCACUUUCGUUUUAAAAAACGAGUAACAUUUUUCUGCCAUUGUAAGCUAAUUUGUGUAUGUAAUUUUUGUGCAUUUAAUUACUUACUGGAGUGUUUUUAAAAAAUUUUGCAUUAUAUGCUCUCAUAAAGAAUCUCUCCUAGAUGCAUUUUGUUUAGUGCAAUCUGCAGGUAUUGGCAUACUGAAUUUGUAUGGACCUAGGAUAGCCCAUCAUUUUAUAUAACCAUAAAAUAUUUUUGCACAUUUCUCCUAAGGUUAUUGGAUCAAAACAAUAGACAUUCUCAUGUUACUUCUGAGCAGAUCAGUACAUAUUCAUUUGAGACUCUCUUGCCAAUCAGAUUUAGGAGCACAUGGGGAACAAGGCAUCUGUAGAGGGUUUGUUUUCUUGAGUUUUCAGAUGCACUCAGUAGCUCAUAAACAUUACCCAUUAAAUAGCACUUUGAGCUCAUGGGCUGUUUUUGUUAUUUUUACUUUAAAGCACUUUUCAGUUCCCAUCUUCCCUCUACAUAAUAUACACAUUCAGUGUUGAGUGGAAUCAAGAAAGAUGAUUUAAGAAUAUCUUAAAAUCAUAUUCUUUGCUUUUUCGUUGUCUCAAAAACACCCCAUCCAUUACAAAUAUGUCUUUGUAUCAGAUGCACUUGCUUGUUACUUAUUGCAUUAACAUAGAACAAAAAAUAAAGUGUAAUGUUUGGUAAACUUAUACUAAUAUGUAUAUGUACACAGCAUUUAUUAAUCGCACAUCUGUCUUUGUUGGCUUAAAGCUUUGUUUCUCUUUUCUCAGAUUAUUCAUGGAAAUGUAUCUGCUUGCCCCAUAACUAUUAAUCAUAAUCUUGAUUAAUCGUAGUUUUAUGAUUUAUACUACUAGUAUCAUGAAAAACUGUACACUCAUUUAUUUGUAAAUCAUUAAAAAAUAUAUUCUGUAAAUUGUUUAAUGGUUUUAGAAACACACAAAUUCACUCUGCUCAUAUUUUGUGAAUGAGGCCCUUAAAGAACAGUCCUGUUUUUUUUUGUUUUUUUUUUUAAAUUAGGUGUCAAAGACAUUUUACUGUGUUUUUGAGUAUGAUCUAUUAUAUGUGUGCCUAAACAUUCCUUUAUUGUCCCUUUAUUUUUUACACAUUGUGAAUAGGUUAUAUAUUUUAAUUUGUGCAUUUUGAUGUGCACACGUCUUUGAGUGUAGAGAGAGUGCGACAUGAUUUAAUAUUUACUGCCAUUUUUUGACUCAUUCCUGUAGUCCUUGAUGGCUCUCAGCACAACUUUUGUGACUAAAUCAUGUUUGUGUUCGUUUGUAAAAUUACAAAUAUACUGUCCUCUAAGAAUUGCCUCUGAAUGAGUUUUUAAUAAUUAUAAUUUGAUUAAACCUUGUAUGGAUAUCAUAGACCAUCAGAGGAGGAGUUUUUCGAAUGUUAUUUAUCAUUUCAAUAUGUGAUACCUUCAUUAUAAAUAUUUAAUCAAUAAUUACUGCUAUAGAUGCUCUAGAAAUUGCUGAAAGUGAAAUGAUAAGUUGAGGGAAGACUAAUGCUUUGUUUUUGCUUUAUUUCCUUUUAGUAAAUUGUGGAUUUGUUUUAUUCUUUUUUUAUGCUCAAUUGCUAUUUGUAAAAGGUCAUAUCCAUUUAGACACAUGACUGUUGUUCUUUAUUGACUGGGUACAAUCUGGUGUUACUUAUGAUGGAUCAUUGUUUUCUUUUAAUUUUAAUUUGAGUGAAAAAUUUAAUGGUUUUAUUUAGUAUGCUCUUCUGACUAGUUUUAAACAUUUAAUUUUAUUGGGGAGUGCAUGCCCUCUCCUCUAACUGUCUUUGUACACUGGUUAUAAUUUUAUAUGUAUCCAUUUUAUCAUAGCCAAAUUAUUCCCAUAGAAUAUACUUUAUUGCAAUACUUUGCCUAAGACAUGGGGAAAAGUUGUGAUUGGAUGUUUCUGAUUGCGUGCCUCUUGAUGUGUAAUAUUAAAUUUAAAAAAUACA